CACAUGCCAUUUUUGGACUAGACAACUUCCGAUUCAAUGACGACUGCUGUUACGCUACUAUCAAAAUAGGGAAGAUGACGGAGGAAAUCUAACUAUUGGUGCACUGAAAAUCCCCAUAAAUGCUGCGAUAGUAUAUCAGGGUUCAGUGUGUGCGUCAGGUGUGGAUGGAGUCAGUAACAUCAGAGCACCCAGCAUAGUAAUCACAGACAGGACAAUCCGACGAAGUCCGUGUUCAGACCAACAGCCUGCACAUCGGCAGGCAGGGGGAGAAUGGUCAAGUACUUCUCUAACGAUGUAGACAUCAGGACUACGUGGGACCAUGUUGUCUCUGCCUUCUGGCAGAGGUAUCCCAACCCAUUCAGCACCCAUGUUCUCACGGAGGACGUGGUGCUCCGUGAGGUGACGGCGGACCAGCGGCUUCUCUCCAGACGCCUGCUCACCAAGACCAAUCGAAUGCCUCGCUGGGCCGAGUUCCUCUUCCCCUCCAACCUAUCACGCUCCGUCUACAUCGUAGAGGACUCCGUCGUCGACCCGGUCACCAAGAGCCUCACCACGUACACCUGGAACCUCAAUCACACUACGUUAAUGACUGUGGAGGAGCGCUGCGUGUUCCAGGAGUCAGAGGACCGGCCUGCCUUCACGCUGCUCAGACGAGAGGCCUGGAUCUCUUCUGGAGUCUACGGCUUCUCCAGACCUAUCCAGGAGUUUGGCUUGGCCCGCUUCAAGAGCAACCAGGUGAAGGCCAUGAAGGGCCUGGAGUACGCUCUGUCUAACUUACACGGAGAGGCACCCCAGCGCCAGCCCUGCGUCCGGGGCACAGUGAAGACUGCUACAGAGAAAGCCAAGACCCUGGCCUCGGCCGCCGCCCCGCAGAAACAGCCCCAGCAGUACGUGUGACAACAGGGGAACAUCCACUGCCAAUGGCUGGAACGGGACACCGUGCACACAGGGCAGGCACAAGCAACACAUUCACAUGCAACACACAGGCUGGCCAAAUCUGAUCUUUUUAAGAGCUCAUCUGAUUGGUCAAAAGACCAAUUUGUAAGGAAAAACAAAUCAGAAUUGAGCUGUGCAUGCACACACUCUUUUAGCUGCCUUUUCAUUGACUGGAAGCUUGCUUGUAUCAAGGUCUUGGUGUACAGUAUGUGUACAAUAUGUCCAUCUAAACCACUAACAGCUCUGCUCCUCUGGGGUUAGGCUCUGCUCCUCUGGGGUUAGGCUCUGCUCCUCUGGGGUUAGGCUCUGCUCCUCUGGGGUUAGGCUCUGCUCCUCCUUGUUUUCAUUAGCCUAGCAUUAAUACAUCUCAGGUACUGAGCCCCUGUCUGACUGCCUGCCACAACCUAGGGACAUGUUCAAUAGGCCCCAAACGUGAGAAAAUGUUCUCAAACAGAGUGAAACAGAGAUAAAAGUAUGUGGACAGCCCUUCAAAUGAUUGGAUUUGGCUAUUUCAGCCACACAUGUUGCUGACAGGUGUAUAAAACCAAGGACAGUCAUGCAAUCUCCAUAGACAAACAUUGGCCUUACUGAAGAGCUCAGUGAUUUAACGUGGCACCGUCAUAGAAUGCCACCUUUCCAUCAAGUCAGUUCGUCACAUUUCUGUCCUGGUCAAUGAAGUGCUGUUAUUGUGAGGCGGAAACGUCUAGGAGCAACAACAAGCUCACAGAAUGGGACUUCCGAGUUCCAAACUGCCUCUAGAAGCAACGUAAGCGCAAUAAUUGUUUGUCGGGAGCUUCAUGAAAUGUGUUUCCAUGGUUGAGCAGGCGCACAAAAGCCUAAGAUCACCAUACGCAAUGCAAAGUGUCGGCUGGAGUGGUGUAAAGCUCGCUACCAUUGGACCAGCGGAAAUGCAUUCUUUGGAGUGAUGAAUCAUGCUUCACCAUCUGUCAGUCUGACGGACGAAUCUGGGUUUGGCGGAUGCCAGGAGAACACUACCUGCCCCAAUGCAGAGUGCCAAAUGUAAAGUUUGGUGGAGGAAGAAUAAUGGUCUGUGGUGGUUUUAUGGUUGGGGCCCCUUAUUUCCAGUGAAGGGAAAUCUUAACUCUACAGCAUGCAAUGACAUUCUAGACUAUUCUGUUCUAACUUUGUGGCAACAGUUUGGAGAAGGCCCUUUCCUGUUUCAGCACAAUGCCCCCGUGCACAAAGCCAGGUCCAUACAGAAACGGUCUGUCGAACUUGACUGGCCUGCACAGAGCCCUGACCUCAACCCCAUCGAACACCUUUGGGAUGAAUUGGAAGGCCGACUGCAAGCCAGGCCUAAUUGCCUAACCUCACUGGCUGAAUGGAAGCAAGUCUCCGCAACAAUGUUCCAACAUCUAGUGGAAAGCCUUCCCAGAAGAGUGGAGGCUGUUGUAGCAGCAAGGGGGGGGGGCAACUCCAUAUUAAUGCCCAUGAUUUUGGAAGAGCAGGUGUCCACAUACUUUUGGUCAUGUCGGGUACUUUCUGAACUUAUCCAAUAGAAACACUUUUCUGUUACAAAAUGUUUUUAUACGGUGUGCCAUAAUGAACACGACCCUGACUUGAGUAAGCUCUGGGAUACAUCUCUUGUGCACUCAGUGAGGCCUGUUUUGAAAAGCAUAACAUGACAGAUCAGACAUGCCAAAUAACAGUGAAGGUACCAAGACAAGCUGAAUAAAUGAUAUAAAUUCCACAACACUGGAUGCAUGCUGGAGUUUGAGAGUUUAUCAAAUAAUAUAAAUUAUUAGUAAUUAUUGUAUUACCCUUCAACUGUGUCGUUUGACUGAAUUUGUCAGUGAGGUCUAUCAUUGAUCUGUUGGAUAUAUCAAGCUAUAUCAAAUUAGGAAUUUGACUUGACAUUUAUGUUGAUGUAUUUAAUUUGUUUUAUUGUACAUUAAUAAUGUGUUAGUCCGACAUUGGUUUGUCUGUCUCUUAAUAUUUUUGCUGCAUUCCUUUAAGGUAGAACUAGCUAUUAUGAUUUUGAAAUCAUUUUGGCUGUGAUUUUAGACUGGAGGAAAUUGUCGUAAAUCUUAACAUUGAAAGAAUACUGCACUUAAAUAAACAUCUGAUUUAAUGUUA